GAGGCGGAGCGAGUCCAAAAUGGCGGCUCUCAGGCUGGCGCGCUCCGUGCUGCUGGCGCUUUGAGGUGGUCGCCAGGGGUCGGGGGGGACGAUUUCCCCGCCGCGGGGGCCCUAGAGGAUGAAUCGAGGGCUCUGCUAAGGUUAGGCGGUGAGGGUGGAGAGAGUGGCAGCAAGGGCUGCGGUGGAGUCCACGGAGCGGGAUGUGCGAGAGUUACUCCAGGUCGUUGUUGAGGGUCUCGGUGGCGCAGAUCUGCCAGGCGCUGGGCUGGGACUCGGUGCAACUCAGCGCCUGCCACCUCCUCACGGACGUGCUGCAGCGCUAUCUGCAGCAGUUGGGACGGGGCUGCCAUCGGUACUCUGAGCUGUAUGGCCGAACAGACCCAAUUUUGGAUGAUGUUGGUGAAGCUUUCCAGCUUAUGGGGGUUAGCCUUCAUGAACUAGAAGACUAUAUUCACAAUAUUGAACCUGUGACUUUCCCACAUCAAAUUCCUUCAUUUCCUGUUAGUAAGAACAAUGUCCUCCAGUUUCCUCAACCUGGAAGUAAAGAUGCAGAGGAAAGAAAAGAAUACAUUCCUGAUUACAUGCCACCCAUUGUGUCUUCACAAGAAGAAGAAGAAGAAGAGCAGGUGCCCACUGAUGGAGGUACAUCCGCAGAAGCCAUGCAAGUUCCACUGGAAGAAGAUGAUGAACUGGAGGAGGAGGAAAUUAUUAAUGAUGAGAAUUUCUUGGGUAAGAGACCGUUGGAUAGUCCCGAAGCUGAAGAAAUGCCUGCCAUCAAGCGACCGCGGCUGUUAAGCACUAAAGGGGACACCCUGGACGUAGUGGUAUUGGAAGCGCGAGAACCCCUCAGCUCAAUAAAUACCCAAAAGAUUCCGCCAAUGCUCUCUCCAGUCCACGUACAGGACAGUACAGACCUGGCCCCUCCAUCACCUGAGCCACCAAUGUUAGCUCCGGUUGCAAAGUCACAAAUGCCAAUCACAAAACCAUUAGAAACAAAGUCAUUUACACCGAAAACAAAGACUAAAACUAGUUCUCCGGGGCAGAAGACUAAAUCACCUAAAACUACUCAGUCACCAGCAAUGGUUGGAAGUCCUAUUCGGUCACCAAAAACUAUAUCCAAAGAGAAGAAAUCUCCUGGACGCUCUAAGAGCCCCAAAAGCCCCAAGAGUCCCAAGGUGAUGGCUCAUAUUCCCCAAGCACCUGUCAGACCGGAAACACCAAACAGGACUCCUUCAGCUAUGAUAAGUGAAAAGCUUAGUAAAGAGACCAUUCAGGUAAAACAGAUACAGACCCCGCCAGAUCCUGGGAAACUCAACAAUGAGAAUCAGCCAAAGAAGGCUGUCGUGACGGAUAAAACGAUCGACGACUCUAUCAAUGCUGUGAUUGCGCGGGCUUGCGCUGAACGAGAGCCAGACCCUUUCGAGUUUUCUUCUGGAUCAGAAUCCGAAGGAGACAUUUUUACCAGCCCUAAGAGGAUUUCAGGUUCAGAAUGCACUACUCCAAAAGCUUCCACCUCCUCCAACAAUUUCACUAAGUCAGGAUCCACUCCUCUGCCUCUUUCAGGUGGAACUUCAAGUUCUGACAAUUCGUGGACAAUGGAUGCAUCCAUCGAUGAGGUUGUGCGGAAAGCAAAAAUGGGAGCCCCUCCAACUAUGCCUCCUGGGUUUCCCUACAUCUCUUCUCCUUCGGUCUCUCCUCCCACCCCUGAACCUCUGCACAAGGUGUACGAGGAGAAAACCAAGCUGCCUUCAUCCGUGGAAGUCAAAAAGAAGUUGAAAAAGGAACUGAAGACCAAAAUGAAGAAGAAGGAGAAGCAGAGAGAUAAGGAGAGGGAAAGAGACAAAAGCAAGGAGAAGAGUAAAGAGAAGGACAAAGGGAAAGAGAAAGAGAAGGAGAGCGGCAAGGAAACCAAGUACCCCUGGAAGGAGUUCCUCAAGGACGAGGAGCCAGAUCCCUAUAAGUUUAAAAUAAAAGAGUGUGAGGAUGUUGACCCAAAAGUGAGAUUGAAAGAUGGACUAGUGAGGAAGGAGAGAGAGAAGCAUAAAGAUAAGAAGAAAGACAGAGACCGAGGCAGAAGGGAUAAAGAUAAGAGAGACCGGGAGAAGGUGAAAGAGAAGGGGCGGGAGGAGAGGCCCAGAGCGGCCCCUGGGCCCCUGGUGCUGCCCCCGAAGGACGCGCCGCUGCCCUUGUUCAGCCCCGUGGCGGCCGCCAGGGUCCCCGCCGUGUUACCUGCUCUGUCGUCGGUGCUCCCUGAAAAACUGUUUGAAGAAAAAGAGAAGCCCAAGGAGAAAGAAAGGAAGAAGGACAAAAAGGAGAAGAAGAAAAAGAAGGAGAGAGAGAAGGAGAAGGAGAAGAAAGACAAGGAGAGGGAGCGAGAGAAGAGGGAGCGAGAGAAGAGGGAGCGAGAGAGGGACAAGCACAGGCAUGAAAAAAUCAAAGUGGAGCCAGUUGUCCCAGCCCCAAGUCCGGUUAUUCCCCGAUUGACUCUCAGAGUUGGUGCUGGCCAAGACAAAAUCGUCAUCAGCAAAGUGGUCCCAGCCCCGGAAGCUAAGCCGGCCCCUUCUCUGAGUAGACCGAAGACCCCGCCGCCUGCUGCAGUCCCCGCCCCUGUCCCCGUGCAUGUCACCCCCGCCCCGGUGCCUUCGCCGCUCCUCACGCAAUCCACCGCGGCCCCGGCUUUGAUGCCGGCCCCGUCCCCAGCCAUCUCUGGAGCCGGAACGUCCAAAGCCCCGGUCCGAAGUGUGGUCACGGAGACCGUCAGCACUUACGUGAUCCGAGAUGAGUGGGGGAAUCAGAUCUGGAUCUGUCCCGGAUGCAACAAGCCCGAUGACGGGAGUCCCAUGAUCGGUUGUGACGACUGUGACGACUGGUAUCACUGGCCCUGUGUUGGAAUAAUGGCUGCACCACCGGAAGAAAUGCAGUGGUUCUGUCCCAAGUGUGCCAACAAGAAGAAGGAUAAAAAGCACAAAAAGCGAAAGCACCGGGCCCACUGACGUGUCACGCGGCGUGGAUGAGUGGCAUCGCCUCGGAGGGGAGUUGGGGCAAUGCUGGCAUCCUGUCUAGCACCCACAUUCCCGCGGAGAGCGGCUCUCGGAAGCCCAUGGACAGGAGCGCACCGUCCACUCUGAAUUUGGCCCCUGUGACAGACUGGCCUGUGCCCACGUGGCCGUGUGACUGAAGACAGACUCAAGUCGAGGCGUGGCUCAGGACCGCCACGUCCUUGCUUUUCUAUGACCAGUGACAAGUAUUAUUAA